GACGACUGUUAAAUAGUUCCAUCGGCCUUUCCAGCGAGCGAUAAGGAUCGCGAAUUCCAUAGUGAAUCCUCGACGAAAAUUUUAGGGUUAGGGUUUCUCCAUGUACAUUAGUGAUUUUUAGCUAGAGGUUUGGGAAGACGUGGAAGAACAGAGAUGUGGCACGAGGCCAGGAGGUCGGAGAGAAAGGUCAACGAUCUGAUGGACGCCGCCCGUCGGCGAGCGCAGCGGCGAGCAGUUUUUCUCGCCAAGAGGCGCGGCGACCCUCAGCAGCUGCUUCAGGUCAUCGGAUCACGGUGCCGCGUCCACCGCGACGAAGGACUCUAUCAGGCCACUCAGGACCAGCAGGGCCUGAUUCCUUGGAAUGGGAAGCAGGACAUUUUGAUUGACAGGUUUGAUGGCCGUGCACUUCUGGAUUACAUACGUGAUUCUAGCUCUCGACCCUUUCGAGCACAGGAAAAAUCUGAAGAAGAAGAAGAACUAGAAGAGUUUGUUAAUUUUGAGCGUUACUGGGAUUUAAUUAAGCACCGACGUAGAGGAUAUACUGAUGAAGAGGCCCUCCACCAUGUUGUUGAAGAAUUGGAGGCAAAGUCUACCCCUUCCUUCACCUUAGAAAGGACACAUUCAUCGCAACCUACGGCAAGCAAAGGUUCUUAUUCGCAGGUAGGAUUCUCCUAUAAUAAAACAGAAGGCUAUGAGGAACCCAAUGGCAUUGAUAGCGAUGAAGAUGACGAAGAUGAUGAAGAUGAUGAUGAUGAGAAGGAUGUUAGUAGUGAUGAAAGCAAUGAUGAAGGAAUGGAGCUUAUUGCAAAAGAGUUUGGUAUCAAGAGGUAUAAUUGGCUUGUUUAUAUGGACAAAAAAACAAAGGAAGAAGAGAAAAGACAAAAAGAAGUAAUAAGAGGGGAUCCAUCUAUUAGGAAAUUAAGCCGGAAGGAAAGAAGGAAAGUUUCGCAGAUGGAAAGGGAAAAGGAAAGAGAAGCCGCACGCAUUCUAGGAAGAGCACCAUAUCAUGAUCCAUACAGGGAGUCUCGGCGAAGUCCCACCUAUGAAGCAUAUCCUUACUCUCGAAGCAGAUCUAGAUCUCGUUCUCGUUCUCGUUCGCCUUCAUACUCAAGAAGACAUGACAGAGGAGUACAUUCAGACGACAGCCAUCAUAGAAGCAAACCAAAGCCUCCAAAAAUUGAGUACAUUACGGAGUUUGGGGGCCCCCCUGACACGAAUGAUCGAAAAGUUGGAGCAGUUUCUCCACCAUCAUCUCCAUUAAAAGAUGAUUCACUGAACCGAUCAUCUGGCAACCGUAUACUCGAAGCACUGCAUGUCGAUCCCGCAUCGGCUUUGUCCCUAGAAAAUGAUAAAAACCCGAAAAUUUCCAGAAAUGUGAGCACCACUGGAAUUGCAAAACUCACCAAGGCUGCUCCAGGGGGAUCCCUGAAGGCCGAGCAGAUUGAAAAGAAGGAAACACCUCAAGAACGGCUUAAAAGGAUAAUGAACAAACAACUGAAUAAACAGAUCAAGAAGGAUUCUGCCGCUGAAAUGGCAAAGAAGCGCGAGCAGGAACGACAAAGACUGGAAAAACUUGCUGAAACGAACAGAUUAAGCCGCCACAGACGCCGUAGUCAUAGCAGAAGCCGAAGCCGAAGCCGAAGUCGUUCCCCAGCAAGAAGGCAUCGUCGCAGCAGAAGCCAUGGACGGAGCCGAAGCAGGAGCCCAAGGAGGCAUUAUUCUCGCUCUAGCUCUCGAUCGCGAUCGCCUUCUCGUUCGCCCAGGGUGAGAAGUCGGUACAGAUAUUGAGUUGGCUUUCAUAGGUGCAGCGGCGAGGACUCUUAAGGCUCUGUAAUUAAGCUUAAGCAAAGUUUAGUGCGAGUAUAUUCUAAUAAACCAGCAUAUUUUGCCAAUUGAACUACCAGAUUGCGCUUUUUUUUAUUUAUUUUUAAUUUUUUUUUUUUUUUUGGAAUUUGCAGUAUGUUAAUGGAAAUAUAUGUAGCUAUUGUUGAAUUUUAAUGCAGUUUGUAUUAAUUUG